AUGAAUAAAAUAAAUUAAUAAAAGAAACAAAAAUAAAAAUAAAAGUUUAUUCCUUUAGGAUUUGUAAUAAAAUACGAUCCUCCAGUAAUUGGUAUGAGAUUGAUAUUAAUUAAUAAAAGGAUUAUUAUAUAAGAGAAAUGUGUAGGAGAAUAAAAAAAAAGUUUAUAACAUACAUUUAUAGAAUCUAAUAAAGAUGGAUGAUGAAGUUGAGAUAACAAAAUAGUUAUUUGAAGAGCAUCCUGAAUUUUUGGAUCCUGAUAUCAUUGAACCUGAAUAAGUAUUAGGUUUAGUGUAGAGAUUGAUUGAAUUUAGAUAGAUAAUGGAAUAAGAAGAUGAAAAUGAAUAUUAAGAUGAGGAGACAGAUAGCCACAUAAUAGAUGAAAUGUUUGAUUGA